AACAGCAAAAUGUUCAAUAGCUUCAUCAUCUUCCUCAUUGUUUUGAAUAUGAUAGUCCUCAUGAUUUCAUCAGAAAUAAUGGAAAAGCUGGAGGACCACUUUGUAAAACUGAAGACAGCAGUGGAGGUGAUUGUCUGGGUCAUUGUGUUCAUCUUUUGGGUAGAGAUUGGUCUUCAUUGGACUGUCAGUUUUCAACAGUACUGGAAAAACCCCUGGAAUGUCUAUGACUUCACUGUCACCCUCAUAUCGUUCAUCCCUGAGUUUAUAUAUGUUUCAGACAAGGUCCAGAGCAAAACAGCUAUAAGAGUCCACCAAGUCUCCCGUGUGCUGCGAUGCUUAAAGCUUUUCCCUAGAGUCCGGCAGGUUAGGGUCCUCAUCAUGGCCAUUGCCAAAGCACUCAAGGCCAUGGCCUUCGUUCUGGUGCUCCUACUCUUCUUCUUCUAUGUCUUUGCUGUAGCGGGCAUUUUCUUCUUUGAGAGUUACAGUCGAUCAGACCGAGAUGACCUUCACUAUGGCAUGUUCUUUUCAGACAUCCCCAAUGCUUUCGUGACUAUCUUCAUUCUCUUCACCAUGGACCACUGGUAUGCAAUAUUGCAAGACCUGUGGAAAGUCCAAGAGGUAAACAAAGCAAUGAGUGGUGUGUUCAUUUGCCUGUGGCUUCUCAUUGGGGCAUUCAUCUUCAGGAACCUCUUUGUAGCCAGCAUGGUCACUAAUUUCCAGAACAUUCGGAGUGACCUGAAUGAGGAAGUGAAGGCGAUUGAGGCUCAGGAGCGAGCAAACAAAUUUAAGAUGGAGCUCCUGGAAAUGAGAUACAAUCAGCAACAGGCACAUUUAGAUCAGGUCAGCACAGCACCAGAAAGGUUGAGCACAGAGUCAGCAUCAGUCGUUCCAUCUACAGACUAUCCAGAGUACAGCUCACAUGAAUCUCACACUGGGGCUUUGGACUGGGAAACAUACAUCCAUAAGAAUCUGCCAGGGCUCUAUGAUGCUAAUGAAGAUGAGAAAGUUGUUUGGCCACGGGAUACGCUCUUCCGCUACUUUGAGCUGUUGGAGAAGUUACAGUACAACCUGGAUGAGCGUAAACAACUGCAGGAUUAUGCUGUGUUGGCUCUGUCUAACCUGGAGGAUAAAUAG